AUGACAUUGAUCAAUGAAUCACAAUCGAUAUAUAACAGCAACAACAGCAUCAACAGAUCAUACUCUACAGGUGCACAAAAGGAAAAUAAGAAAGUAGCAAUCAUUUUAACAAAGAGUGUACCGGGUAUUGGACAAAUCGGUCAAGAAAUGUCUGUUGCCAAGGGAUAUGCUAGAAAUUACUUCUUUAUGAAGGGUUUGGCUGUAUUUGCAACUCAUGAAUCUAGAAAGCAAUUUGAACAAUUUGCAAGAAAUAUCAACUAUGAAGAAUUACAAGUAGACAAGGUAUUACAAAAGACAGUUAAAAAGAUCAAAAAGGUACAAUCUAUAUUAUUGAUGAGAACUGCCAACGAUGAAGGUUCACCAACUGUCAACAUCAACGAAUCAAAUAUUGCAUAUAGUCUCAAGCGUAGAAACGGAUUGACAAUCGAUCCAAAAGACAUUAGAUUGACAUCACCAAUCGAAGGCUUUGGAAACUAUCAAGCUUUUGUUACUGUUGGAAAGAAUCAAGUACCAUUAACCGUUAGAUUCCAAUCAAUGACUAAAUAA